CCCUUGUUUUGACUGACCGAUUGACUACAGUUCACAAUAUUUGGGUGUAAAGCACAACAGCAUUAAAUUUGCUAAAAAUGGUUGGUUGGAGCCGUUUGCUGUUGCCAGCGGCACAAUUUGCCAAGAAUCGCGCAGUUCUGUUAACCCCUGCCACAAGGAAUGCACUGCAGCAGCAAUUACGCCAAAUGGCCGGUGAUCAUGGACACCAUCACAUGAGCAUCAAGCCCUCACGCUUCCAAUGGGACAAAUUCAAGGAUCUGAUGCACUUUUACGUAAUGCUCGGCGUAAUUCCGGUCACAGCGCUGGUGUUCUACGCAAACAUCUUUGUGGGACCAUCUCAGCUGUCUGAAAUACCCGAAGGCUACGUGCCUAAGCACUGGGAAUACGAGAAGAAUCCCAUUUCCCGGUUUAUUGCGCGCUAUAUUCUGACUUCGCAGCAACAGGAAUAUGAGAAAGCCCUGCACAAUAUAUACGAGGAAAAUGAGAAAGCGCAAAUUCGCAAUCUCGAAGAGGAAAUCCGCCGUAAAAUGUCUGAGCGUAACGAUUACCAAGCCUACUAUUACCGACCAACAGUAGCCAAAUAUCAUAGAGUAUCCAAAGAGGCUGCCGAAGAGCUGGAAGCACUGCGUGGCGACUAAGCAGUUAGCCCCAUUUAAAUUCUGCUGAUUUCAAUUAAUUUGUUUUCAAAUUUGGUCCUUUAAUAGACGUAACUAAGACCUCGAGUUGAGGAAAUAAAAUGUGAAAAUAUA